GGAAAAGAUUGCAUCAAGAGCAGAACUUUCUUCUCCCCCCUCUCUCUCUCUUACAGGAAGCCCUACUCUACCUUAGCCUUGGAAAGAGCCCCUUUUCAUAAAAUUAGCUGAAGGCACCUAUUCACAGCCAUGGGGCUGUGAAAAAAAAAAAAAAAAAAGGCAAAAAAAAAAAAAAGCAAGCAACAAACAGACUGUAGAGUUUGGGGUUUUUUUCUCUCUCUUCUUUUUUUUUUUUAUUUCUUCACUCCAAAAAAUAAAACAGAAAUGCACACAGCUCCACUCUGCGAAAACUUGAUGUUUUUACCGUCUGCUCCCUGAUAGAUCCAGAGAGGAGGUUGGCUUUUCUUUUUUUUUCCCCUUUUUUCCCUCUUUUUUUCCCUCUUCCCCUCCUUGCCGCCGGUCGGCUCCUUCUAAAUAUCUGCAGCUUGUGCAAGGAAAAAUAAAAAAAAGGAGAAAAAGGAAAAAAACCACCACCACAACUUGAUUCCCAAAGUUCCCCCAAUGAGUCAGCCCUAAGCCUAGAGCCCUGGGUCCGCCUGUGUGUGUGUGUUUGCCCGCGUCUUGCAUCCUUGUCAUGAUUUCUAGCCCCCUCCCCUCCUUGGUUCUCCUCCCACAUUGAAAGAAUGAUAAGGGGAUGGUUGCUGGAGCCAGCUUUUGGCUCUUAAAUAAAACCCCCAAGAGCUUGACUUUGCCGGGAGUGGGGGGCUUUUUUUUUUAUUUUUGCCUUUUUCUUGCCUUUUUUUUUUUUUGCCUUUUUUUUUCCCCCUCAUAGUUUUAUGAAUGAAACCACCCGGCUGAGCUGGGAGUAACAUCCCUGCUCUGAAAAUCUGAAAAACUGGUGAAAUCCAGGCAGGGAGAUGGGGUGAAAGCAAUGGGCUCCGGGCCCCCAGGGUGUCCCCCCGGGGGGGCCCUGAGUGAACCCCAGGAGGCUGCAAUCUCCCCUCCCUGGCUCUUGGGAGGUUCCUCUAGACACAGAACGGAGAAUUCUGUGCCCAUGCGGGUGCGCGAAUGGAAAAAAAAAAAUUAAAAAAUAAAUAAAAUAAAACACACCCCAAAACCUGAGGAUUUCAGGACAUUUCUCAGAAUCCUUUGAGACAGAGAGGGAGAGAGAAGCAAAAAUCCCUAUUUGUAACUAAAACACACUGCAACCUGGAAGGCUGGCAGAAUAAACCUAUCGUGGAGCUGCAACGUGCCGGGAUAUACAAGCAAAAAUCCCCCAGAGUACCACUGUUUGCAAAAAGAUGCACAUGGAAAACAAACAGCACCAGGGGCUGCAGCUCUGAAGGGAGCGAAGUUGCUCCGCUUCACAUGGGCUCCUCGGCUGCGUUUAGGGAGCUGCCCAGAUCUCCAGCCAUGAGAAAACGAAGCAAAGGACCGGGGUUUCUUGUCAUGUGCCUUUCUGGCUAAAACUGUGGAAACAAACAAACAAUCAAACAAAUUCUGGAGGGGGGGGGGGGGCGGGAGGGAAGGAGAAGGAGAAAUCAUCUGCAACCGGAGCGCUGGAAGACCUCUCGUCCUCCUACUUCCCUGAGCGAGCUUGGAUGCUGGAAGAAGCCUCUUGGAUAUGGGAUCAUAUCUGGUUUAUCACAGUCUGGGUUUGAUCCUCUGCUGCUCCGUACUGAGUUCAGUCUACGCUCUGGUGGAUGCUGAUGAUGUCAUCACCAAAGAGGAGCAGAUCUUCCUACUGCUAAAAGCCAAGGCUAAGUGCGAGCGACACCUGAAAGCCAAGGUGCCCAAGGUGCAUGAUGGCUUUUGUCUUUCUGAGUGGGAUGGUAUUGUCUGCUGGCCUGAAGGUGUGCCAGGAAAAGUGGUGGCUAUGCCAUGUCCGGAGUACAUCUAUGACUUCAAUCACAAAGGCCAUGCUUAUCGCCGGUGUGACCUGAACGGGAGCUGGGAGUUGGUCCCAGGCAACAACCGCACCUGGGCAAACUACAGUGAAUGUGCCAAGUUCCUCACCAACGAGACGAGGGAAGGGGAGGUCUUUGAUCGCCUCUAUUUGAUUUAUACUGUUGGAUACUCCAUCUCUCUGGGAUCCCUCACAGUUGCUGUCCUUAUCCUGGGAUACUUCAGGCGUUUGCACUGCACUAGAAACUACAUCCACAUGCACCUGUUUGUCUCCUUCAUGCUGAGAGCCGUGAGCAUCUUCGUGAAGGACGCAGUCUUGUACUCCGGGUCAGCUUUGGAGGAGAUGGAACGGAUCUCAGAGGAAGACUUGAAAUCCAUUACUGAAGCACCUCCAGCAGAUAAAUCACAGUUUGUGGGCUGUAAAGUAGCAGUUACCUUCUUCCUCUACUUCCUGGCAACCAAUUACUACUGGAUUCUGGUGGAAGGGCUCUAUCUCCACAGCCUCAUCUUCAUGGCAUUUUUCUCAGAGAAGAAGUAUCUCUGGGGAUUCACAUUAUUUGGCUGGGGACUCCCUGCUGUAUUUGUUACAGCGUGGGCCAGCGUGAGAGCCGCUCUAGCUGACACAGAGUGUUGGGACUUGAGUGCUGGCAAUUUAAAAUGGAUUGUUCAGGUGCCCAUCCUGGCAGCUAUUGUGGUAAAUUUUAUUCUUUUUAUCAAUAUUAUCAGAGUCCUAGCAACCAAGCUACGAGAGACGAAUGCAGGGAGGUGUGAUUCACGACAACAAUACAGGAAGCUGCUGAAAUCUACCCUCGUCCUUAUGCCUCUGUUUGGCGUUCACUACAUUGUUUUCAUGGCUAUGCCAUACACAGAUGUGUCAGGGAUUCUUUGGCAAGUUCAAAUGCACUACGAAAUGCUGUUCAACUCUUUCCAGGGAUUUUUUGUUGCCAUCAUAUACUGUUUUUGCAAUGGAGAGGUCCAAGCAGAAAUAAAGAAGUCAUGGAGCAGGUGGACAUUAGCACUUGACUUUAAAAGGAAAGCACGAAGUGGGAGCACAACCUACAGUUAUGGACCAAUGGUUUCCCACACCAGCAUCACAAAUGUAGCCACAAGAGGGGCACUUGCCCUCCAUCUCAAUACAAGACUUAUACCAGGGACCCUCAACGGACACCGGAAUUUGCCAGGUUAUGUAAAAAAUGGCUCAAUUUCUGAAAACUCCAUGCCUUCUUCUGGACCAGAGCAGUACAACAAAGAUGAGGAGUACCUGAAUGGCUCUGGGCUUUACGAUGGAGACAGGCCCACAGUACUCAUUGAAGAAGAAAGAGAGACAGUCAUGUAAAGAGAGGAGGAGAAAAAAGAAGCAAAAGGAUGAAAAAGGUUCCUGGAGAGCAUUUAGUGGGCAAAAGAACAUCAGGCCACACAUCGGAUGCCAAGGGUUUCCAUACAGUUUCUCUCUUCUGUGGAACGAGAGGUUAAGUUAUAUGGGAAGGAAAAGUGAGCCACCAAUGUGGCCAGCUGUCGAUCACAUACAUAUACUCGGUGAUCUAAGUCUCCCUGGUGUUAACGGAGGCAGGGCUACCCAGACCUGUGGGCCUUGCUACCUGCUGAACAACAGAGAUGCUGAGAGUUCGCAAGGGAAGGUUGCAAAGCAACACGUGGUCCUUGGACCUCUUGGAGAGUGUGGGCAGCCAAGGAGGACAGGAGUCUCACCCAGUAAAGCAAGAGUCUUGCGGGGAGUGUACAGUGCCAUCUUCUUGUGAGGGUACAAGCCACCCUGGGCAUCAGCAUCUUCAGUUUGGUUUGCUCUUUGCCUGUAAAGUCUGCCUGGUAACACACACAACACCGCUCAAGACCCCUUGGGGGUCACAGCUGCCUGAUCUUGCAGACAAGCACUCAACAUGGACAGCGCGGUACAACCCGUCGCAUGUUCUUCCCUUGGGCAAUCUCACUCCUUGGCAAAAUGCUCCGCUGGGGUGGGCAGGGUUAACGGCUCAAGGUCGCUGGAUGCAGGCAGAAAACUCUAUUCUCCUUUCCCUGACCUGAGUCCCAGUAGCAAGCCAGAAACCAGUGCAAUUUUAGGAUGGAAAAUGUGGUUAUCAGAAUGUGCGAUAUUUUUGUUCUUCCAGAUGCAGCAGUAGAGAGGGGCCCACCAAGUGGGUUGAGGGAGGGCGGGGAAUUUACAGAUCCUGGGUAGGUGUGCCUGUGUGUGUGCGUGGCUAAAACCAGUUCAGAGGGUAGCUAACUCAGCCCUCCCUUUUUGUGGAUGCUUAUGGCAACAGGCUUCAGACAUUUUUUUAAAUGCUUCUCUGAAUUUCCUGCUUUUCACUCAUCGAACCUUCAUGAGGAGAAAGACUCCAUCAACAGUCUGCCUGUAUCACCCAGAAGCACAAGCUGCUGGAAUCAGCCAGAAAAACCCACCUCAUGAGAUCCGAAGGCAAAAUUUGCUGGAUAAAGGCACAGAGAUUGCUCGUGGGAUGGUCUCCCUCUGAAUAUCUUCUGAACUUUCCUAUUUUUGUGGUUUGGUCACACACACACAUAUGCACAUGGGGUCAGACUCUUAGCUGGUGUAAAGAAGUAUAACUUCAACCAGAGUCAUUGAGUUUGCCUAGAGAUGCUCAGAUGAGGAAAUAUUUUGCGUUGCCUCCGAUGGGAAGAGCGUAAACAAAUGCCUCCUUCUUACAGGAGAGGGAGACCAGGGAGGUUUUGUCACUGUGCAGUUUUCCUUGCUGGUAUUUUUUUGCAAGGUGUGCCAAAAGGUCAUUUUCUGACACACCUUCAGCAGCGAUGAAGAGGUACCAUCCUUGUUGGCCAACAGCGCGCUGUGCUGGGGUCUUUUCACACCAGCUGAGCAUCCAGGGAAGGGUCUCUGACAGUUCCCAAGCAUGAUUCAGAAUUGCCCAGAAGUGGGAAAUCAGAAACAGUGACCAAACAUCCUAUUGCAGCACGUGCUUCCCCAGAGGAAGGGCUCUGGCUGAGCCAGCCUGGCCUCUCUCUUCAGCCCCUGUCAUAACAUCACUGUUCCCUUGCUGCAGUCUAGGAGUCAGCUCCUCAUGGUGCUUUUUUUCCUUAUUUCUUUUUUUCCUUCUUGGCAAGUUUCUAGUACCUGAAGUAUUUUGACCUCACCUAGCUGUUACUGAAAUGAAAUAGGAAAGAGGUAUUGGGCAAGUCUGCAGAAGUCCUUUAGGAUGCAGGUGGGGCCCAUGGGAUAAUCCACUCUCUAUCUUGAUCCCUUAGAUACAGCUGCUGGGUAACAUCAACCAGCACCAGGACGCAAACUAAGGACUAACUCCCCAAAACUCUGAAGAAGGUCAGGAAGAGCAGUUGGGAUCUUGACUCUGUGUCCCACAUCUUCUUAAAACAACCUCCCAGGUUUGGGCCUGAACCAAAGCCCAGUGAUAUCAAGGGAAAAACCUCCUCCCCUUGACAUCUCUGAGUUUUGGAUUCAGACCUGGUAGGGGAUGUGGUGGCCGAGAGGCAGUCCUCUGUCAGGCACUGAAGCACCUCUCCACCAGCUGUAGACACACAUGAGGAGGUCUUUAAAAGUCAGUAUUUAUUUCUGUUGUUCUUUGUUUUGUUUUGUGUCAUUAGAACAAGUCAAAAGUCAUCAUAACCAUUUACCACCAAAUGGCAGCUAUUGAAAAGUCAGGUUUUCAAAGAAAUAUUUUUUCAUGCUCUCUUGUUGUUGUUGUUGUUGUUCAUAUAACAACACUAACAGCAAUAUUACAGAGAAGUUAGGUAAUCUUGCAAGAGAAGUCAACUCUAGUGAAAGUUUGCCAUGGAGAGCUAACCAGCUCUGCAGAAACCCCGGUCAGCCCAGAUACACUCACUGCUCUCCUUCUCCUCGGAGAUGCUGGUAUGGCUUCUGGAGGCAAUCAAAGGGGGCAGCUGGCUAUCAGAGUGUGUACAGCUGCAUUAUUUAGCAUCCCAUCUGCCUGAAGCACCAAUGAGAGGGAAGAACACUGAGUAUGCUGGCUCUGGCUUUCCACCCUUCCAGAAGCGCGUUGUCCUUAAAUCCUGCCAAGUAGAUGCGAUGAUCCUUCUGAUUUUCUCACUCAAGAAAUUUCUUAGUGUAUCGUUUCACUGCUGGAACAAAGGAAAAAAAGAAAAAGACCAAAAAAAGACAUCACCAGUGACUCACUAUUUGCUUGUGUUUGUUACUGAGAACUCAAGAUUAAUAACGUUUGACAAUCACUCAGCAAAAUUCAAGAUAUUAGCAAAAGCUAUAAAAUUAUUUAUAAAUAAAUACAACACCGUUCAUAAAAUUCAGUCCUCACUGAAAUGCAGUCAUCACUGGAUUAUUUAGAAUAAGUGUCUAAAACCUGUUGUUAAACAUCGAUAAAAUUACAUGCACAAGGCAUGUACAGGGAAAGAAAUAUUUUCUUCAUCCUUUCAAUUACAAAUCAUACAUAAUAGAUUUUUUUUUUCUGGGUGUUCAUGUGCAUGAACAAUAUUCACGCAAAAAUUGGGAAAAUGCUGGUACCAAACCAGGGGAAUAACUGCCAUUAAGGCACAGCAACCUGCAUGUUUGUCAAAGCUUGUUUCUGUCUUUCCUGAGCUGAUCACAAACUCUUAAUUAAGCGUAUAGGCCACAGACUAUUAGCUAGAGAUCCAGAAGUAUCCUCCAUUGAUUUAGUAAGGAAGGGAUCAGACCUGCGAUAUCUAGAAACAGAGAAGGAACCAGGGUUUGUGGCUGCGAUUUGCCCUGGAAGGGCAAGCACCACACAAGGGUCCUGCUGGCACUUAGCCAAAGCCUCUAGCUUCAGGGUGGGGUCACCUUUGCUUUCUCAAUCGCCAAGAGAUGCGGGCACUUCUCAAGGACAGCUUACCCCCAUCGAAAAGUGUGAGUCCACCUGGGGUGACGGUUCCUCUCCUGUCUGAUUUACUAGUGCCAACGUAGCACCAAAGGCCACACAAAAGCGUUGAGGCGAGGAUGCAUCUGUCUGUGAUUCACCCAGUGACCACUGCAAACCCUGCAGGCAGGACAGGGUUUGUGCCAAUCCUGCUUCAGGUCCAACAUGGGCUGGUGGAGCAGAGAUGUUGACUCUAUUUUUCUAGUUCUCCCUCCUCCAUGGCGUCAGCUUUGUGCCUCUUUUCUUCCCACCUUGUAACGCAGCUGGCUACACUCAGGAGUCCUCUUGACCCCCUCGCUUCUCCAAGCCGUGCGCCGCAAUAUCCCAGCUGACCGGCUCACGUGGGGAGGAAUCUCCUCGCCCAGCUUUUGGAUGGGUGUCCUUUUCUCCAGUGCCACAGAGAUGCUGGGCUUGGGCAGGGAUUCUCACCCCCAUGGCAGGUUCUUCUCACGGUACCAACCCAGUACCUCUUCUAUUCCCAUCCACAGCACCACAGUCUACUUUUCCUCCUGAGUCCUUCCUACUUGAUCUAACUCUUUUCUAGAUGGACACAGAGCUGUUAAGCGUUCCUCAGCCUUGUGUUUCUUUGGGCAGCAGCCGUGUCGUUUCUGCUUCGCUUGGAUACGUGCAGACGGGUGUUUUUACACCUUCUCUAUACUGCUUGGUCUUGGUUCAGAUGAGGUCAUGCCUUAUCCUAUUCCUCACCAUUCCUCAACUCUGCUUCUUCUUGUCUGAUACAUGUUAGAGCCAAAUCAGUUCACAAAGAUGUCCCAAAAUUGAACUUUUUAGCCAGGGAUUGGCUUCAUUUACCUGUUUAUGGUCAAUUGGCUGAAAAUCGCAGAACAUCCACAGUGCUAGUAAGAAUUUUCCCUUUCUUUAAGCUGUGAAAAUAUACUGAGAGGGAAGAUCUCAAAUUUUUAUUCCUGUUUAUCAUUUUAACAAACUCAACGCCUGGCUUGAAAGUUUUUAAAUUUCAGGUCCUGACUUUUCAAAAAGUUAAGGAAACGCGUCUAUAGGUUGUGCUCUCUUGCUUUUUCACUGGCUGAUUUUUCUGCACACCUUCCACCUGGAAAGCUUUGAGCAGAAUUACUGACAAUGAGGAGAGUGAUCAGCGUAUCCCUUAACUCACCUGAAUCUCUCACUGGGGUCAAUGACUCUUUCAACCUGAGAUAGGACUGCAUGAAAUGAGAGAAAGCACUUUAAGAGUUGACCUUUAAGGGAGAGGUUGUAUGAACCUGUGAAGUCUUUUAAUGUGCAACAUAGCGUCUUACUGGUGUAUGUGCUUUUUCCCACCUGUCGGUGCCAAUGAGUUUGCUGAAAACCAGUCUGAGUCUUGUCAUGGAAAGUUAUGCAGCGAUAAUGUGAUUCGCAUCCUCUCUUUCUGGCCUUAUCUGGCCUCAGCAGGUGAGGAAGCUUUGUUAUAAGGCCAUGGGCUGGUUAACAUAGGUCUCCACCAUGCCACCUCCCUUCUGACAGCACCUGCUAGGGAAGAGAGCAUGUUGUACCCUCAGGCAGGUCUAGGAAAAUUGGCUUUUUUCAACAAGCUUCUUGCUGGGACAGGUUUGCUGUUUGAUAUUUUAGUUAUUAUUUUUACAGCUAUUGCUGAUGGUCUGCCACGUUCUGCAAAGCAAAUAGAGGACAUAUAUGAUAUCCCUGGCCAGCUACAGAGCAUUUCAAGCAUUCAGUGUGAUUCUCUAGACAGAGUAGAUUUUAAACCCAUUCCUUUAGGGUGUCUUGAAAUGAGAAAAAUAUUAAACUGUAAAGGAAAUGAGUUUGUGAAAGACCCUAUAAAUAAAUAUCCGUCACGAUUGGCCAUGGCUGUCUGGAUUUGCCUGGAAAACAUAAUAGUUAAUAAAUUGUAUAAGUAAAACAAAGAGCAUGUCCAUCUCUGCGGACAUUCAUUAGAAGGCAGUUCCCCUGUUUUUGUCCAUGGAAGUGAAAGGUUGAACCUGCCAGACAGCAAAUACUGUUGGCCUAAAGGAAUGUUUUGGGUUGAGGCAGAAAAUCCUGCUUUCUGUAUAAAAAUUAUUGGACUUAUCCUGUUCCACCCAAACUGUAUUUGUGGACCCUCAAGAAACCAAAACUCAAGCUUAUCUUUUAGCUAAAGAUGGGAGAGCAAAAGAAAGAAGAGUUGAGUUGUUGUAAAGACACAUAAUUAACUGAACAAUAUUAAAACAUAACUCCACCACUUUGAUUACAAAAAAACCCCAAAACUCAGGAAAUGCAGAUUGAAUUUGCUUUAAUUCAGGAAAAAGACAAAAGGGAUAAGAAAAAAAAAAAAAUGCAGGUUAGAUUUUCUUUUCUGUUUUUCCCAGUUGGCCAGAAAGUUUGAGCCAGAAGUCUGGUCUCCUUGGUGUUUCCGUGUCCUCCUUGACCUCUCUGUAGGAAAUCUUCCACCAGCCAUUGUGAGUGAGUUGGGUUGGAGACAGAUGCAUGGACAUGCACUUCAGAGACCUCAAGCAAUCUUGUGCUGAAACAGAAAUAUUGUUAUGUGCUUCAUUUAGUGGUUAACACCAAAUUAAUUUGCUCUCUCUAUAUCAAGCCUUGUAAUAGGCAAAGGGUCUUCACUCAGUGCUAACAGACAUCUUCACUUGCUGCUCUUUGGUCUGCAGGAGGUUUUGGAGAUUUUAGAGCAGGUGUCUUCUACUGAGUCCGGCAGCUGAAGCUGGGACUGAGACAUGAUUUUUCGGCAGUUCUGGCAGACUCCCAUGUACCUACUUCACCUGUAGCAUUAGGCUGAUGGUGAACCAUCAACCGUUUUAGAUCUUUGAGGGUGCUUGUCCCUAGUGGAUAGAGAAGCCCACAAAAAGGCCACAAGCAGGGUGGCCACCUCUACCCUCCUUAUCAUCCCAAAUUCAGAUUGGUUGGAGUCCUUUUCUACACUUACUGUCUUUUUUCCAAAUGGGCCCUACCAAACAACCCCAAAAAAUUCUUUUAAAGAAUGUGGUUAAGCAUUUCAUUUUCCGCCUCAACUGGAUACAAAAUCAGGGGGUCUUCUAUGGCCAGAAGCCAAUCUCAGCUGUCAGCUUCAAAACCAGUCCAGAGCAUCGGGAUGGGAACAUGGUUUGCUCAGAUUAGCUGCACAGUGCCCUAGUUUCACCAUACCCAUCACACCGGGUUCAGAGCACAGGUACCCUGGCAGAGGUGGAUGGUUGCUCUGUCAAAAUAGUCUUUUGGUUUUGGUAAAUUUAUAAGAAAAGGGCACAGAGAAUGGGAAAAAGACUCACUGUCUUUACGCCACAGUUAAGAAGGAUUUUAAACAAUAAAAUAGUAAUUAUAAGUUAUCCUUUGUUUAUUUUAUCAGGUUCUGUUGAGCGCUCUGAUGGGGUCUGUGCAGUGUCUGGGUUUCUGGCCUCUCCCAAGCAGACAGAUUUUCCCUGUGGUGGACAGAAUAGCUAUAAUGAGCAGACAGAGUCAUCCAAAGCCGGUCUCUAGGGCAGGACAGUUAGACCUGAUGUUGAUUUUAUAUUUGUUGGCAGAAGGCAGGAGCUACUCCACUGAAGUUAAUCGAGUUAACUCAGUCUAAUGCCAAGGCAAAACAGAUCUGAAUCUAGACCACAGUUCAAGACUCAUGUACAAUUUGCAUAAUAGAAUUAAAAUAAAGCUUCCAACUCUAGCUGCAGAAACACUCUGCUGAGAAUUAAAGGCCGUGCUUGCUGUUUGGGAUUAAAUAAAAAGACAUCCAAUGCAUCAGCUGUCACAUAAAACAACCUUGUUUCAUCUGUUCCUGUCCACAUUAGCCUGUUCUGCCCACUGCCAUGCGCUGUGGUCACUCAGCCAUGCUCAGUUGUUUCAAUUGGUAGGGAUUUUGCUUAGCCCCUUCUUUCUUUUCUUUUCUAUCCUACUUGCAUGUGAACUCAGAUCAUACAAGUUUCCACGCUAGCCCCGCAGUACACAAAUUUCAAGACAAUAUCAACAUUUUGCCAGGGCUUGGGAGUCAAGUGAGGAAAAGAAUGUCACAGGGGAGCAUUAAAAGAAAUAUUAAAUGAGGUUCCUCUGAAACCUUUCCCACGAACCAGGGAAAGGUUUGCAAACCUUGGCACAGCGUUUCAUCCUCCAACUGAACUCGCUCAUGUUUUGCUCAUAAAAGAUCUCAGGCCAUUCAGUAUGACCUGCAAAGCUCACACAGUGUCUUUCCACUGUCUUCAGAGGGCUUGGAGUUAGAGUCAGCACACUGCUAUUAAAUAUGCUUGUUUAAUUUAAGCCUAAUAUUCUGAUCUGCUCGUGUGGUUUUUGCGUCCUUCUCUGGGAUGGUACAUCUGUGCUGCUUCGGGGCACACCUGCAGAGCUGUCGCUUGAACUGCCUUUGCAUCUAUGGCAUGUAGUAAAUCCUACACCCAUCUGGGGCCGUCUCCUCUCUGACCGUGUUUCUUGAUGGCAUUCAGUGCUGCUGGGCAGCAGCGGUGCUUUGUAAGGAAGCCAAAGGCAGCGUUUGCAGGAACAGAGCGCAACGAGGUUUGUCCUAAUUCAGAAUGGAUUUGCGAGACUCCAGCGAGGCAAGGAAGGGCUGGAAAUCAGCUCAGAGUCUGGCAGGGGCCAGGAACAGAAGAAAAAGUUAUGGAAGAGCUGACGCAGAUGAUCAUAAGUAAUUAGGAAGUCUUAUAAAGCUGGCUUCUUCUCAGGCAGACCUCCCUAUCCCGCACAGAUCCGACAGAGGUAGGCUAUUGCACAAUUAUGCUCUCUCCUAAAGAGGGGCUGUCUUGAAAGAGCAAAAGGGUACAUGUAACAAAGUCAUUGCAACCUUCUCUUCUUCCUCAUCCUUACUGGCAUUUUUCCCUUCUUUCUUCACCUGAAAAAAAGGGGUACAUUAGAACAACCUCAUCAUGAGAACCUGGAAUUCAGACCUAGUUCUCCUGGGUCCUGAGCGACUUCUCCCUGUGAGCAUAGCAAAUGUUUUCCUGGCACAUUAACUAAGGAAUUUGAUUAUCUUCCUCAGACUGAGGGUUAAUGAUUCUGGGCUAGCGAUGUGGUGUGUAAUGAAUGACACAGAUGUGCUGGCAUCAAUUUGGGGUCAAAUUGUGACCCCAUAAAAAUUGACACCAAACUGUUGGUUUCCAUGGAGUUUCCAUGGGUUUCACCCAUAAAUUCUGAAGAAGAAAAGGGUAAUGAUUGAAAUAAAUCACCUCCCUUUUUCCCAAAGCCUUACUUGCCACCCGUAUUUUGGGGUGUCUUUUUGCUUUAGAUCAAUAGCACUACAAGACCAGAAAGCCGUCAUCAGGAGGUAGAAGAUGGUUUGUGUGGCAGUCUUGUCUCCUGAAAUGCUUCACGAGUGACAACGUUAGGCUUUUGUCUUGGUAUCAGCUUCUCCAUGUGGGGAUUUAGAAUGUGGUAGAUAUUUGGCUGCAAAAAGGCAUGGGAUUAAAAUGUUUGAGAUAGAUGGGAGUAGUGUGCACUGGGUUUCCAAAAUGCCUGGGCCUACAUCCUCUGAAAUAGAGAUACAAUAUCCACUUGAAAGGCUGCUUAAAACAAGCUUGAAUGAGGGGUGUUCUCCAAACAGGCAGACCUCAGGUACCUAAAACAGAAGACAAAACAAUUACUUCACCAGAGAAGAAGCAUCUAUUUAAACCAGAGCAUUUCAACGGGCACGAGCCCUUCUAAAUAUAGAGCUGGGUACUUCUUGCCAGGCCAAGCUUUCACCUUUUUAUUCUUCUCUAAAUGAAUCAUUCUUCCUUGGUUGCUGCAGGGAAGGAUGAACAUCCAUUUGUUGUUAGAGGUGAAAUGUUUUAAAGAAAAGCUUGUAUGAGGUAGAGCUGGUGGGAGGGAAAAGUCAGUUGGUGGCAGAAGAGGAAGGACAGGCAUAGCCAAGCGCCGUCACCCAAACCCAUCCCCUUGGUCUAUCCCCGUGUUCAGAGACACUAUGUCAAUCUCCUGCCAUCUGCGUGAGCUGGGGCAUGCACGAAUAGACAGACCUGCUGCUAAAACUCAUUGCUUCGUCUCAGCAACCAGCCAUGGCGGUCACCAGAAUUGAUGGGGUCUGGGCAUUAGGAAAAGAACUCAGCCAUUCCCAGCGGUCUUCCAGGCUCUGCCUGCGGAGUCUGUUUUCAAUAUAUUGGCUCCUUUUUUCUAGUCUGAGCAGGAGGGAAAAUAGCUGAGGUGAGUUCUUCCCCCUCCAACAUGAGCGCUUCCACUGAAGUGGUUUUUAAGACCGCGUUUUGCUUCAGAAGAGGGACAAAACUGAAAAACUGAAGGACAAAACUGUGAUUUCUUUCUGUGUGUUACAAGGACAUUGCCUUGUGUGUGUCGUCAGGCAGGCAUUUGGUUUACAUUCCUCCACUUCUGCUUUCUGUAUGGACCAAAGUAACAAGCGGAAAAUGACAAACCACAGGUAUAUGUAAAAGGGAAUUAAAAUAAAAAGAAACCUUUAUUGAUUCUCAUGAAA